AGCUCAUGGGUCCCUCUGCUAUGGCUCGGGCAUCUCGGCCGCCACUCGACACCCUGCUUCCAACGCUCUACUUGUGGCCCGGCCCUGCCCAAGCAAACGCUUAUUCUCGUCCUGGCAUGACCAAGGCCUGCUGUUCUACCUCUGACAUCCUCGUUCUUUCACGCGCCCGGCGUAUAGAUAUCGAGAUAGAGAUCUUGCUAUGUGAGAAUACUCUUCGCCACAUACAUGUUCCUGCGCAAAGUAUAGCGUGUCAAGAAUUGCGGCGUCCACCUCACGAGCUAGUGUAAAAUGUUGCCGACGAUCCACUAACUCACUGGCAGUCAACCUGCAUGGAACUCUCGAGCUCUAUUGAAAUACUGAGCUGGCCUCGAGCCGUUCGAAAUAGCAGAGGUGUGUACUCAACGAGCCUGAAGUCCUGCAGCUGCGAUGAGCAAUAAGCGUGCUCCUCCUGCGUCCAGUCAGAUUGUCGCUCUUUCGUGCGUGGUCGUCGGCAUCGGCGCCGGCGGGUGCACGUCCAUGCUCGCGCGUGUCGCCAUGACGGACCACCAGGGCGAGGUCAUCUACGAAACCCACGUCCUGCCCACGAACCCCGUCGCGGACUACCGUACCGGCACGACCGGAAUCACGCCGGCGCAUUUGCAACCCGGCCGUGCCCAGCCCUUUGCUGCCGUCCAGCAGCAGGUGGCGAACAUCAUCCGCGGCAAGGUCGUCGUCGGCCACAGCCUCUGGCUCGACCUCUCUGUGCUCGGCAUCCCGCAUCCGGCCGUCCUCACGCGCGACGUCGGCCUGUACCAGCCCUUCCGCAACGCGCUGCAGGCGACGCAGCUCGUCGGUCUCGCGACACUCACCUGGCGCCUCAUGCGGCGGCACAUCCAGGACAACGGCAUGCUCUGUCCGCUCGAGAACGCUCGCGCUGCGCUGGACCUCUAUCGAUCGCACGCGGCCGAGUGGGAGGCCGCCGUGUCCGACGAGCACUGGCCUUCGUAUCUUCCCCCAGGUACAUUCUCCCGUUGCUAUCUCUGAUCCCUCGGACACCGUUUCCUCCCACGGCUAUGCUGAACGGAAUUCCCCGGACCUUUACUGAUAAUUGACAUCCGCGACUGACCGUCUGUGUACUAAUUGCUGUCGUUUCUUGGGAGGCUCGUGUUACCUUACUCGCCAUGUACUGCCCCUACGUAUGUUUGUAAUCCACGCCACGUUUUCUCAUCCACGACUUGUCCCGGAGCGAAGUGAAGGCGCGUAUGCUUAAAGUGUU